GGCGCCUGGCGCAGCGAUGCAACCUGCUCCCGGGCGGGGCCAGGGCUGCGCAGUCAUGAUCACCGCCGAGGCCGCGGCAGAGUCGGCUGUCUCCGCGGUUCCUGAGGCUGCGGAUAACACGGGAGGCCCGGAAAGAGAGGAGCUGGUGUGGCCUUGGAAAGAUGCCCCGAUCCGGGUGCUGGUACAGCGCAUCCACCAGUUGCAGGCUGAGCGCGCGCAGGCCUUCCGUCGGCUGGAGGAGGACUGAGAGCUGGGACCGUAGCCUCAGGACCCCCACCUGCCACAGAGGCCACCGCCAGUACCUGAGCAGCGGCCCGCCUUACGACUUCCCGCGCUACCGGAGCACGGUACACGAGGUGACCCAGGCUUUCACCGCCGCCUCUCGGGAAGUGCUGGCGGUGGAGGCGGAGCUGACCGGACCCCGACAGCAGCCGCUGCUCGCGAGCCACGUGCGCAGGCUGCAGCAGCUGGAGGAGACGCGCCUGGCCACGGUGGCCCUGCUACAGCUGAUGGGGACACCAGAGCUGACUGAGCAGGAGGAUACCAUGCAGAUGGACCAGCUGAAGAUGAAGGUAAUUAAAACCAUGGAAGAGAUCAGCGAGGUUCUUCAGGACCUCAGGUUUGACGCAGAAUCUGCUGAGUGAUGGUGGCGCCCCAGGGAUGAACCGAAGAUGAGAAAUGGGGCAUAUGGCACCCUGCCCUGACUGCCAGCUGGUUGGGGUCACACCCCACCAGGCCACUGACCCUCUUUGAGUUUGCCUCACCUCUCAUAAUAAAGAACCUAAAAAACCUUA